AUGGGAAAUUAGUGCUGUUCUUAAAGCGAAGCAUAAAAUUAAUAACCUUAAACAAACAUUCCAAACAAUUUUACCGAGGAAUAAGCUGAAUAAAAUUUAUAAGCCAAUUAACAUUAAGUAGAAGUACAAGUUCAUGCAAAUUAAUAGGAUGAAAAUGAGGUGUUAGAAGGUAUAGAAAAUACAAUAUAAGUAGAUGAAAAAAAAUUCAAAAUAGAAUUAUAAUCACUCCGGGAAGCUCUUUAAAAAGCUGACGCAUUUAAAGAAAUAUUCUAUAAUAGUUAAAAUUUAACACGAACAAUAUAUGAACUUGAAUAAAUAUUAAACUAUUUUAGCAAAACAAUAGUAAUUCCUUUACAUAUCCUUAAUGUAAAAUCUGAUCUUUUAGGCCUUUAUGGCGACUUAUAAAAUUUCAGAUCUUUCCAUUCCCGUUUUACUUUAGAAAAAUCAUUUUACGAGCACCUUCCUGCAAUAACUCAACUUUUAAAUUUUAUAAAAAAUUUUAUUUCCUCAAAUUCUAAAUACAUAGAAAAAGGUGUCAUAAAUUACUAAUAAUUAGUUUUUGAUUUAAAUACUGAUUAAAAUUUUGAUGAAUCUUAUAAUAAAAUAAAACUCUUAAGAAGUGCCUAAAAUGAAGUUUCUGGUACAAACUUUUCCACUUUACCCAAUUAUUUAUAUGUGGCCUUGAAAGAUAAAAAAGGUUUCGAAUUAUGGGAAACAAUACUUCCUUACUAAUUUGAAGUUUCGAAUAAAGAUUUUGUAGAAGUAUAUAUAAACGAGACCUAUAGUUUUGAUGUAAAAGAUAAAAUAUUAGCCCUAUUAUAUAGUAUGGACUUAAAUAACGACUAAAGGAUUGAUAUUUACCAAUUUCUUUCAUUUGUGGAAAGUUUCGACAAUUAUUUUGACAAUGACGGCCGCAUAAUUAUCGAAAAAUUAGAUGAAUUAUAAAGCCUAAUCCAUGUUUAAAGAUUUCCUCCUAAAUAAAAUGUUAGUAAGUAAAACUGCUACGUUUACUAAUCUGGAAUGGAAUAUGAAGGAAUUAUGAACGAUAAAGGUGAAAGGACUGGACAUGGAGUUUUAAAAGAUGAAGAAUAUGAAUUUCAAGGCGAAUUUUUGAACGACCUUCCUCACGGAAAAGGUAUUGAAAUAAGAAAAAAAGUAAAAUAUGAAGGAGAUUUUUUAAAUGGACUUUACCAUGGAUAAGGUACUUUGAGCUUUCCUAAUGGAAGAUCAUAUACAGGAAAUUUUAUAAAUCAUUAAUUUCAUGGACAAGGGGAAUUAAUAGGCGAUGAUGGUAUAAGAUAUAAAGGAGAAUGGAAAAACGGGUAAUUGGAAGAUGGAGUAAUUACUUAUCAUGACAAUUCUUAUUACAUAGGAAAAAUCAAAAAGAACUUUUUUAAAGAAGGUAAAGGAAUAUUUUACAGCGGAGAAUAUUCAUAUACAAUUUUUGAAGGAGAAUGGUAUUAAGAUAAGCCUUUUCAAUGCAAACAAUUCAGUCUAGAUGACGGAGUUACAAUGAUUUAUUAAGGACAAUUCAAUAAUUAUUAUAUAGAAGGAAAAGGUUCUAGAUUUUAUGCUGACGGAAGUGUCUAUGAAGGGGAAAUGUUAAGAGAUAAAAAACAAGGGGAAGGUACAUGUACUUAUAAAGACGAGUCUAUGUUUACUGGUAUUUGGGAAAAUGACUUCUAGGUAGAUGGAACUUAUUAUUAUAAUAAGAAAAAUCUUAAUAAUUACUACAAGGGUACUUGGUAGAAUGGAAUUUAGAAUGGAAAGGGAAAACAUUAAUACCCGUCAGGAGGUAUUUAUGAAGGUGAAAUUUAAAAUAAUAAAAGACAUGGAUAUGGAGUUUAUAAAUACUCCAAUGGCAAUGUCUAUGAUGGAUAAUGGGUUGAAAAUAAUUAAUAAGGAGAUGGAAAAUUCAUCUUUUCUUCAGAAGGAGAUGGUAGUGGAGAUGUUUAUUACGGGUAAUUUGAUAAAGGGAAAUUCUAAGGAUUUGGACAUUACAUUUAUAAGAAAUCUAAUAAAUAAUAUAUCGGGUUUUGGAAAAACGAUAUGUGGGAAGGACAUGGAAAAUUCAUCAAUGGUGAUGGAAAUAUAAUUAAAUGUGGUAUUUGGAAAAAUGAUAAAUUAGAAACUGCAGGUAAUGAAAAAGAUCUUGAUUUCCCUUAAAAUUGGUAAUAGUAUAAAAUUAAUUUAGAUGAUUUAAAUCGUGUUUAACCAAAUUCUCAGUAAAAUAAUGUUUGACAUGU